AUCACUUCCGGGUUUUCUGGGGUCUUCUUUGCUUCAAACUGUUCACUUUUUAAACGAGUCUCUUCACUUUUGUCAUUUUUAAACAUGGCGAGUUGACCGAGAAGGAAACUCGACGCUUUGAGGGAGAAACGAGUGGGUUUUUAACGCCGUGAAGGAAGUGGGAGGAGUCACAUGAUGGAGGAGGCGGAGCCGAGAGGAGGCGUCAUGGAGGAGGAUACUCCUCCGCAGGACACAAACAGUAACUACGAGCACACGACGGACGGCGAUGCCACUUCCUGUCCAGCUGUGGCCGUGACGGCGGUUGCCGUGGAAACGAGUCAGAGCCAGGACGCUCCAGCGACGCCACAGAAACGAGGGCCGGUGGUGAUCCGAGCGAACAGCAGGAACCCGGCCAGCGAGAACCUGGAGAGAGUCCGCCAGUGGAGCAUCACCACCUACAAGUGCACCCGCCAGGCCGUGUCGGAGAGGCUGGGCCGGGGGUCCCGCACGGUGGACCUGGACCUGGAGCCCCGCCUCGAGCUGCUCAAGGACGACCGACAGCGCUACGACGGCGCCACCAAGCUGGCCCAGACGCUGGCCAAUCAGCUCGCUCAGUUCUCCGUCACCCAGAAGUCCCUGGGGGACGCCUUCGCCGAGCUCAGCCUCAAGACGCCGCCGCUGCACGUGGAGUUCGGCGUGAACGCGAACGCUCAGAGGUUCCUGUCGAAGAACGGCGAGACUCUGACGGCGUCCCUCAACGCCUUCACGUCCGACAUGAACACUCUGAUCAACAAGACCAUCGGGGACACCAUGAUCAACGCCAAGCGCUACGAGGCCGCCAGGGUGGAGUACGACGCCUACCGGGUGGACCUGGAGGAGCUGAACCUCGGGCCGCGGGACGCCCUCACCCUGCCCCGCCUGGAGCGGGCCCAGAAGGACUUCCAGAGCCAGAGGGAGCGGUACCAGAGGGUCCGAGACGACCUGUCCGUCAAAGUCCGGCUGCUGCAGGAGAACAAGGUCAAAGUCCUCCACCAGCAGCUGUGGCUGCUGCACGCCGCCGUGGCGGCUCACACCGCCUCCUGCCACGCCUUCCUGGAGCAGAGCAGGGUGCCCCUGGGAGACCCCGACUCCCCCCCCACCUCCUGGCUGGAGGAGAGCUGAUGUUUAUCUACGAGAUGUGGGUUUAUCUACCGGGGGGGGGGGUUGAUCAUUCAGGAUGUUGAUCUGGAAGGGAAGGAAUUUCCACACAUUCUGGGUCUUAUUUUGACCUUUUUGAUAUGAUUUUAAGACAGCAAUGAUGUCUAAUUAACACACACACACAGACACACACACAGACACACACACAGUCACACAGACACACACACACACACACAGACACACACACACAGACACACACACAGUCACACAGACACACACACACACACAGUCACACAGACACACACACACAGACACACACACAGACACACACACACACAGACACACACACACAGACACACACACAGACACACACACACACAGACACACACACAGUCUCAGUGUUUGGGAGUAAAUCCAUAAUCCUUCAUUAAGCCACUAAGCCUCUCUUUGAACUCCUCAGCCUCUGCAACUCUGAGACUCACACACCUCCUCCUCAGCUCCUUCACACAUCAGCUCCUUCACACGUCUACUCCUCAGCUCCUUCACACACCUCCUCCUCAGCUCCUUCACACACCACUUCCUUAUCUUCUUCACACAUCUGCUCCUUCACACAUCUACUCCUCAGCUCCUUCACACAUCUUCUCCUCCUCAGCUCCUUCACACAUCAUCUCCUCCUCAGCUCCUUCACACAUCUACUCCUCAGCUCCAUCACACAUCUUCUCCUCCUCAGCUCCUUCACACAUCUACUCCUCAGCUCCUUCACACAUCUUCUCCUCAGCUCCUUCACACAUCUACUCCUCCUCAGCUCCUUCACACAUCUUCUCCUCCUCAGCUCCUUCACACAUCUUCUCCUCCUCAGCUCCUUCACACAUCAUCUCCUCCUCAGCUCCUUCACACAUCAUCUCCUCCUCAGCUCCUUCACACAUCUACUCCUCAGCUCCUUCACACAUCUACUUCCCCUCAGCUCCUUCACACAUCUACUCCUCCUCAGCUCCUUUACACAUCUCCUCCUCAAUGUCCCCAAUCUACAUGAACCCUUUUUAAGUUUUAACCACGACUUGCGAUGCCGUCUGAAGUUUGAAGACUUCUUGGGACGACAAUGAAUCACAUAAACGGCCACUUUGUGUCUUCCUUUUAUCGGUGACGUGAUGGUUCAGUCACUUUGUCCUGAACCUGCGUCCUGCGUGUCCUCACUCCCUUCUGAUGGAGCCCGUCACUGCGUGGACAGAAUAAAACGUUAUUAAUCUCUUAUUCACCUUCCUGAGACGUCUCCUCGUGUUAAAAUGUAUGACUUUUGUGUUUGGUGUCGACGAAGCUCCGAUGUGAGCAACAACUAUGCAAGUGAUGUUUGUGCAAUAAGGUCUCCUGAACAUCUCAGUCCUUCAUCUUCUAACAGACCAAAAGACAAUAGAAGCCAAAGGGCAUUUCUUUAUUUUUAAGUAAAAGCGACAACAAAGGACCAAAAUGUACUCAGUAUUUUAAUAUUUAUGCGAAUGUUUUGUGUGUAACUGCUAAAUAAAAUGAUAUAAAGCAAAUCUCAAUUUAUUUUGUCUAAUCAUCCUUUAACAAACAGGCAGGGAUACAAUUUUCAAGGCAAAACC